AUGCUCGACGCUCUGACCAAGGAGGGCAUCUCGACAGUCACUUCACCGUCUCUAGCUCCCAUUACCUCGUUAUCUGCGAGCACCCCUAAGCCACUAAAAAGGGCCAUAAUGGACAUUGACGAGGAGGAGGAAUUAGUCGUUGUUGAGCCCACGGACCCUGACGAGGAUCGUCUCCGUGAGGCAACUCUUCAAGCUCAGCAAGAGGCUGCAGCAGUUGUAGCAGUUCAGGCCGUCUCGGAACCAAUACCCCCUCCUCCACCACCGCCGCCACCGCCACCUUUUUCUCCCCCAUCCGAAGCCAUGGAUUCCAAUAAAAAUGUGGUCACUACCGACCCAGUUUUGCUCAGUCAAAUCAUUCAAGCUUUGAAUGCCAAGCCGAAUAACCAAACUGCUGAAAGUACUCAGCAACCGCCAAGGUUCCUAGUCACCUCUUCGAACAAUGUGCUAACCUUUCAGCCCUCUCCAGCCCCCAUUCCUCCUCAGACGUCUUUCAUGGUUCAACCACUGAGUGGCUUCCAGGCAGCUAGACUUUUAAACCUUACACCAGCUACUCCUCCCCCUCCGACACCGAUCUCAAACACAGGUCUGCAAAGUCUUCUUUCAACGGACCCGCUACUCUAUGGAAUCUUCGUGAACUGUGCUACUUCAAAUAUGAUAACCCAACUGGCAAAUUCCAUCUCCGCAUCUAUGAUAUCCUUCGCCCAGUUGGUGGCAAUUGAUAAAAACAUCAAUCUGAACAAUCAAAUAGCCGAGAUUACGCAACUUAUUUCAGCUCUAAUCAAUCUGGCCACUUCGCUCUCCACCACGCUACCAGGUUUGAUGUCCUUGAGGGGUGCGGUUAACCCGGCACCAACAGUCUGCACUCCUCAAACUAAUCCCAUUCUCACUAGUCUCAUCGCUGCUUCCUCGUCCACACCUUCACCCUCACAACCGACAAACACUCCUCCUUCAACAAUGACAGGGAAUUCGACGUCCAAGAAUGUUCCUCCACCACCGAACGUAGUCUGCCCUCAGCCCCGUACUCCUGUUCAGGUGAAACCGGAGCGAUCCACUUCGUUGAUGAGUGGUAAACAGAGUCCACCAGUUGCCGGUCUGGUGACAAGGUCCGGCACAGUCCUAACCUCUGUGAAGACGAGUCCGCGUCCGAAGCGGUUCAUAUGUCCACAUUCUGGCUGUACCCGGGCUUUCGCUUCGAGAUUUAACCUCGUUGAACACAUCCGUAUCCACACUGGGGAAAGACCCUUUGUCUGCCCUGAACCUGGAUGUACCUCGAGGUUCAAGAGACGUCGGGAUCUCUAUGAACACUCCACGAUGCAUAAGAAGCGUGUUCCCAACCCUGGAAAAGCUCUCCUCGUUACCUCGGUUCUCCCAGAGAAAGGGAAGGCUGUGCCCAGUGGUGAAGACAAUCGAAGACCACGUCAUUUCUGUCCAUUCACCAAUUGUCAUCGCUCCUAUGCUCGCAGACAUCGUCUCAAUCAGCACAUGUGUCUUCACACCGGUGUUGGACCCUUCUAUUGCGAUCAACCGAAUUGCAAUGUGCGGUACUUCAAUUCCGACGAUCUCGAACGUCACAAACUCGUCCAUCUCCUACCGACAAGCAGUGAUACUGCAAAAAAGCAUAUCUGUCCUCAUGAAAACUGCGGGAAGGUCUACUCGAAGCUAAACAAACUGCGGGAGCAUGUUCGAUCACACACUGGAGAAAGACCGUUCAUUUGUGAACGGGAGGGAUGUGGCGCUUCAUUCAGUCGACCUUAUGGCCUCAAACGUCACCUGCUGACUCAUACAACCGCGACAGCAACCGCUGACAUAGCAGCCAAUUCGGAUGCUCAGAAUUCAAAUCAACCUUCAUCCUCCAAAGUGGCAAACCUUGUCACAUCCGUACCAGCCACAAGAACAUUGACAGCGGUGUUCCCUCAGACUCCGACACUCAUCUCCAGAGUGUCUCCCAACCCCCAGCCAACAAUUCUCAACCUCGUGCAGGCUUUGACUUCUUCUGGCGUCCAGUUGCAGCCGAUAGUCACGAGGCCUUUUGGAAAGCGGCGACACAUCUGCCCCAUGCCUGGAUGCACAAAAAUUUUCCCCAAGUUAAAUAAGCUGCGGGAACACAUCUGUCGGCAUACUGGAGAACGACCAUACGCCUGUGAUGAGUGUCCUGCCACCUUUGUUAGAAUGUACGAUCUUCGUCGCCAUGCACUCAUUCACACACGUAGACGGCUGGGAAUCCUUAAUAAUGGCUCACAGCUGCGAUUGGCCAAACCUUCUGCUGGUCUCACCUCCUUCGCUGUCCAACUGCCUCUUUGA